UUGGAUGUGGGGCCCGACAAGGCAGGAGGAUAACGGACAGUUACUGGUAACUCGUGAAGGCUUCAACAACGAGUGACAUAACAGCGAUAUCAACAACCAAUUCGCCCCCCUUAACUUGAUAAUCGCCCAAGAUGUCGUACUUCUUCGCUACGCCGGUGGAUAUCGAUAUCGUCCUUGAAGACAGCGAUGAGCGCCAGGUAGUCGACAUAAGAGAAAAGCAGCGCCGCGAGAAGGCGCCGCUGUAUAUGGACGGCGAGUCUGUUAAGGGGCAAGUCACGGUGCGCCCGAAGGAUGGGAAGCGAUUAGAGCAUACGGGGAUCAAGGUCCAAUUCAUUGGCACGAUAGAAAUGUUCUUCGACCGAGGCAACCACUACGAAUUCCUCUCGCUAAACCAGGAGCUCGCGGCGCCGGGCGAGCUGCAGCACCCGCAGACCUUCGACUUCAACUUCAAGAACGUCGAGAAGCAGUACGAGUCGUACAACGGCAUCAACGUGAAGCUGCGGUACUUCGUGCGCGUCACCGUCGCCCGCCGCAUGGCCGACGUCAUCCGCGAGAAGGACCUCUGGGUCUACUCCUACCGCAUCCCGCCCGAGAUGAACUCCUCCAUCAAGAUGGACGUCGGCAUCGAGGACUGCCUCCACAUCGAGUUCGAGUACAGCAAGAGCAAGUACCACCUCAAGGACGUCAUCGUCGGCCGCAUCUACUUCCUCCUCGUCCGCCUCAAGAUCAAGCACAUGGAGCUUAGCAUCAUCCGGAGGGAGACCACCGGCGCCGCCCCGAACCAGUACAACGAGAGCGAGACCCUCGUGCGCUUCGAGAUAAUGGACGGCUCCCCAUCCCGAGGCGAGACAAUCCCCAUCCGCCUCUUCCUCGGAGGCUUCGACCUGACCCCUACGUUCCGCGACGUGAACAAGAAAUUCUCAACACGGUACUACCUGAGUCUGGUCCUGAUAGACGAGGACGCCCGGCGCUACUUCAAGCAAUCCGAGAUCAUCUUGUAUCGGCAGGCCCCCGACGCCGCUGCGAACACAGACCCGCAAGCGGUAGUAUCGGUCCCCGAAUCUACGCGCCCGCCUCUACCUGUCCAAGCAUAAAGAAGUUGGUAAAGGCGAAGAUAAGAUUCUGUUGGUUUUUUUGUUCUACUACUAUUAUGUGUUGACCUAUUCUCUGUACAUUCUUAUUCACCUCAAGGUCGAGCAUUGACGGCACGGCGUUUAGUGGUCUUUGAUUAGCAUGUGAUCAAGUCAGAAAGAGCCAAGGCGUUACUC